UGAAAAAGUUUAAAGUAUCGAAUAGUCAUUUCUGUAUUGUCGUGCAAGUAACAUUGGCUUUUUAUUUCCACAAAAAAUGAACAAAUUGUUAUCAGUUUUAGGGCAAGCCCUCAUAAUUUUGAUACAAGAAAUUGUGUCUGGAUUAUUUGGGUUUCUGUUUCGCGUUAAGAAAUCACCAAAAAAUGUCAGUGGACAAUUAGCUUUGGUAACAGGAGGCGCAAGAGGCUUAGGAAAAGCUAUAGCAAUCAGACUAGCUCAAGAAGGUUGUAAUCUUGCAAUCUGUGAUGUAAAUAUAGAAGAAGCACAAAAAACUAGUGAAGAAAUAAGAUCAAAAUUUAAAAUAGAAUGUAUAGCUUUUAAGGCUGAUGUCUCAGACACUCAACAAGUUGCGACUCUUUACAAUGAAAUUGGUGAAAAAAUGGGAACAGUUGAUAUUUUGGUAAACAAUGCAGGCAUUUUGGCACCACUUGGAGUUCUUGAAGGAGAAGAUUCAGACAUAACUAGAGUCUUAAACAUAAAUCUGACAUCACAUUUUUGGAUGGUGAGAAAAUUUUUACCAUCGAUGAUUGAACAGAAGCGAGGUCAAAUUUUGGGUAUCUGUUCUGCUGCUGGAAAAUCAUCGAUUCCAUUUGCCGCAUCGUACUGUGCUAGUAAAUUUGGAGUUGACGGGUUUUACCGUGCACUUUUUGACGAUAUGUGUUUGUAUGAGUAUAAUGACUUUAUCAAAAUCACUUGCGCCUUUCCUGGAUUCAUCAACACACGAAAUGAUCUUGAAAAUUUAUUGGAUGAAACAAACGAAUAUAUUCCGAGAGUUCAACCUGACUAUGCAGCUGAGAAAAUAGUUGAAGCAAUGCUUUUGGAAAAACAAGAAAUUUUAUUUCCAUUUUCUUAUCGAAUUUCGACAAUAAUGGAAUACUUAGUUCCGUUGAAAACUCGAAUAUUUAUGAAGCGAGAAGCUUGCAAACAAGGCUCAGGACUUCUUGAAAAAAGGAUAAAUGUUACAAGAAAGUGAUGAAGGAAAAAGGAAAAAAUUAAUGAUAUUUGAAUUGCAUUGUGAUUGUUUAAGGCUUAAGCAUUGCUGCAUAUUUUAAUAAUUUUCGGUGUCAGCUUAACUUAUAAUUAUGAACUAAGGUUUUUUUUGUUGAAUUAAAUAAAACUUAUCAUUGAAAGCAAUAAACUAUCAAGAUUUGUUUUAAAAUUAACAAGAUCAAAAAAUUGUAAAAUUCUUAAAAAGUUUAAAUCUAGCAGAUCAUAAAAUUUAUUUUUAUUUUAAAUCGCACACACACAGCGUAAUCCAUAGCGACAUCUGUUAGCUACCACCAACAUUUC